AUGGAGCUCCUCGUGCAACUGGUUACGGGCCAACUGCUACGCAUCGCCUGCUACGCCGCCGCCAUUGUUUUUAUCUCGGUUCUCCUCAAUGUACUCAACCAGUUCCUCUUCUACAAGAAGAAUGAGCCCCCAGUUGUGUUUCACUGGUUUCCCAUCGUGGGCAGCACCGUGAGCUAUGGCAUGGAUCCCUACCGGUUCUUUUUCACCUGUCGGAAAAAGUACGGAGACAUCUUUACUUUUAUUCUGCUGGGCAAAAAGACCACUGUCUAUCUCGGCGUCGAGGGGAACGAGUUCAUUCUCAAUGGGAAACUCAGGGAUGUCAAUGCCGAAGAGGUCUAUGGCAAGCUGACCACCCCGGUGUUUGGCUCUGACGUGGUAUACGACUGUUCAAACAGCAAGCUGAUGGAGCAGAAGAAGUUCAUCAAAUUCGGCCUCAGCCAAGAAGCCCUGGAAUCCUACGUCCCCCUAAUCGAAGAAGAAGUCAACCAAUACAUCAAAACAUCCGGCAAAUUCAAAGGCCCGUCCGGAACCAUCGACCUAGCAGCCGCCAUGGCCGAGAUCACGAUCUUCACAGCCGGCCGCACCCUCCAGGGUGACGAAGUGCGCGCAAAGCUCACCUCGGAGUUCGCAGAGCUCUACCACGACCUGGAUGGGGGGUUCACGCCCAUCAACUUCAUGCUCCCCUGGGCGCCGCUGCCACGUAAUCGCAAGCGCGACGCCGCGCACGCCCGUAUGAAGGAGAUAUACCUGGGGAUCAUCCAAGCGCGGCGACAAGCCAGUGCUCAACCCGAGCAAAACAAAAAGGACAUGAUCGGGAACCUGAUGCGGUGUGUGUACCGCGACGGCACGCCCAUCCCGGACAAGGAGAUCGCGCACAUGAUGAUCACGCUGUUGAUGGCUGGUCAGCACUCGUCGUCGGCGAUCAGCUGCUGGAUUCUGCUGCGGCUGGCGGCGCAGCCGGAGGUAGUGAAUGAACUCUACGAGGAGCAAGUCACUCAGCUGGGCGCUGAUCUGCCGCCGCUGCAAUACUCGCAUCUCGACAAGCUGUCUCUGCAUCAGCAUGUCGUCCGCGAGACCCUGCGCAUCCACUCGUCUAUCCACACCCUUAUGCGCAAGGUCAAGAACCCGCUCCCCGUUCCUGGCUCUGACUUCGUCGUCCCUACCUCCCACACCCUGCUCUCAUCGCCUGGAGUCACGGCCCGCGACGACCGCUACUUCCCAAAUCCCUUGACCUGGGACCCGCACCGCUGGGAGGCCCGGCCUGCGGAAGUCGAGGACGACGGAACCGACACUAUCGAUUACGGGUAUGGUGCUGUCUCCAAGGGCACCAAGAGCCCCUAUCUGCCCUUCGGCGCGGGCCGCCACCGCUGCAUUGGGGAGAAGUUUGCGUAUUUAAACCUCGAGGUAAUUGUUGCGACGUUGGUUCGUGAAUUCCGUUUCUAUAACCCCGAGGACCGGACGGGGGUGCCGGAGACUGACUAUUCGUCUCUCUUUUCGCGGGCAAUGGAGCCAGCCACGGUCCGGUGGGAACGUCGGACGGAGUGCGCGUGA